AUGGGUGCCGCCUCCCGCCCCCGCCGCCAAUGCAGGGCGCCGCGCCGUCUCGACGGCGGCGGAGGCGGCAGCAUGGACCUCCGCCCACGGGUCGUCUCCGGCGACAAGCCGCCGCCGUCGUCGUCGUCGUGCGGGUUCAUCAUCCACGAGGCGGACGUGUACUCCGCCGACCCCGCCGACCUCACGAGGGGGUUCGCGCCGGCGGUGGCGAGGAGCAGCGGCGACGAGGCGUGGUACUUCUUCAGCGCCGUGAGGGGGCUCAAGGGCGGCCGCAAGGCGCGCACGGUGGACGACGGCGCCGGGUGCUGGCACUCGGAGGCCGGCGCGAAGCCCGUGCUCGCCGCCUCCUCCGGCCGCCGCCUGGGGCACCGGCAGAGCUUCUCCUUCAUCACCAAGGACGACGACGGCCAGCGCGUCCGCUCCGGGUGGCUGAUGGUGGAGCUCAGCCUCGACGUCGACGAAGAGGAGCAGCUGGUCCUGAGCAAGGUCUACUUCAGCCCGCGCGCGCCCGGCGCCAGGAAACCCACGACGGCGGCGGCGAUGUCCCGCCACAAGAGGAAGCUGUCCACCACCGACAUCGCCUCACCGCCGCGGCGCCAGAGACGCCACCGUGUAGUACCAUCAUCUCCACCGGAGGAGCCGAACACGUCCCCGUCGCCGGCGGCUGCGCCUCCGGACCAGCAGGAAGGCGGCGACGACGACCCCGACCGCGGGAGCAUUUCGUGGUGGCUGCGGAGGGUGUUCGGCCUGACCGCCACCUUUACCGAGGAGGAGUCCAUCGAGCUCAACCCAUGGCUGAAGGACAUCCUGAGGCCGUUCCCGCCUCCCUUGCCGCCGACGCCGCCGCCUCCAUGCCCGAGCCCUCGCCGGAAGCUGAUCGACAUGCCGGAGAUCAGGGAGUUCAUCAUGCGCGGGUCGUACCUCGGCGGUGGCCCUGCACCUCCGCGCUACGAGUGCGAUCAUCCGGCCAUGGUGAUGACCGGCGGCGAUGAUCAGCAGCAGCUCGAUGAGCAGCGCAGAGACGAUGUUGGCGAUGAUCGAGCUCAUUACGAUCGGGUGGACGGCCAGCUGCAGUUCGAACGGCACUACCUGCAGUUGUAAUUGACAGCCGGUCUCUUGUUUUGAUGUGAAUGUAGCUUUGUAUUUCAGUUUGUAGUGUGAUUACCUGAUGAAGGAUGGUGUACAAAAUUGUUGUUUUACACGGUUGCUGCAAGAGCCUGCAACGUUAUCAGUGAUUUUUCUGUACGAAUUAUAAUGUUAGAUGCUUAACACAAUCUUAAUUAGUCUUUGAAAGACGUUGAAGCAAACAACGCUUAGUUCGUUCAAUUA